AUGGGCUGCGACAGUAAAUAUGAAUAUUCAACGAAGGGUGGUGCUCUCAAAAGUGCUGAACUAUACGAUUCAUCAACUGGAAGUUGGUCAAACACUCCAAAUAUGAAUGUCGAACGAUAUUAUCAUACAGCAUUACUUUUAUCGAACGGCAAACUAUUGGUGACUGGUGGGCAAAUCGUUAGCAGUGCUGAAUUGUACGAUCCAUUAACUAGCAGUUGGACAAUGACUGGAGCGAUGAGUGGUGCACGAUAUUCUCACACAGCAACAACGUUGUUAAAUGGAAAAGUAUUAGUCACUGGCGGACAAGGUACCAGUGGUGUUUUCAACAGCGCUGAGUUGUAUGACCCAUUAACUGGCAUGUGGACAAUGACGGGAAAUAUGAAUGAUGAACGGUAUCACCACACAGCAUCGAUCUUAUCAAAUGGAAAAGUGUUACUGACAGCCGGAGACGAUAGCGGUGGUCAUUUGAAAAACGCUGAAUUGUAUUGA